AUGGCCUGCGGCGAGUCCGAGGCGGAGCGGCGGGCGGCGCUGCUGCGCGAGAUAACGGAGGAGGGCGGCUUCGCCUUCGUCGCCUCGGCGGAGAAGGCGGUGGCGGGGGACCUGCGGGCGGCGGAGGCGGCGCGGGAGAUGGCGUGGGAGCAGCUCCACUCGGGGCCCUGGAGCGAGGUCGGCAGCGCGUGGAGGGACGCCUACGCGCUCGCCUGCCUCCACGUCGCGCGGCUCCGCCGGGCCGCCGCCGACCGCCGCGCAGCGCUCCGGGCGCUCGACAUGGGGCUCAUCAUGGGGGGAAACCUCCUCCGCGCCGAUCUCGAGGCCGCCCUGGCCUCCAUCGCCGCGGAGCCGAGCGACGGCGAAGGUGACGGCGCGGAGGCUGUCGAUGAGGAAGCCAAUAGGUGGAAGGAAGGGCUCGACAGGAACCGUGACAUCGCCGAUGCCCUCAAAAUUCUUCCAACAAAAUCGUUAUCCUGUAAAGAAAUCGCAAGACGGUCGUGUAUAUCUUUGGAGGAGUUUAUAUGUGAUCACUUUUUACCUGAGACCCCUGUUAUAAUCAGUGGCUGCAUCGAUCAUUGGCCUGCAAUGAAAAAAUGGAAGAACAUCCAGUACCUAAAGAAGAUUGCUGGGGAUCGGACUGUUCCUGUUGAGGUUGGGAAGAGCUAUGUUUGCAGUGAGUGGAAGCAGGAGCUUAUCACGUUCUCCCAGUUCCUUGAGAGGAUGUGGUCAACCGCCUGUCCUUCAAAUUUGACAUAUCUAGCUCAGCAUCCAUUAUUUGAGCAGAUAAAAGAGCUUCAUGAAGACAUAAUGGUUCCUGACUACUGUUAUGCUGGUGGAGGGGAACUCCAAUCACUUAAUGCUUGGUUUGGUCCACACGGGACAGUGACACCAUUGCACCACGACCCGCAUCACAACAUUUUAGCUCAGGUCUUGGGCAGGAAGUAUAUUAGACUCUAUCCUGGUUCUGUAUCCGAAGACUUAUACCCACACACAGAAACUAUGUUGAGCAAUACUAGUCAGGUGGAUCUUGACAACAUAGAUAUGAAUGAGUUCCCAAAGGUAGAAAACCUUGAUUUCAUGGACUGCAUAUUGGAGGAAGGUGACAUGCUGUAUAUUCCUCCGAAAUGGUGGCAUUACGACCAGAUCUCAGGACUCAGGGACUUGCAACUGGAGUGUCUGGAUGCACCAAAAGAACCAAUGGUCGAAGGAGGAACCUACCCUAACCAGCACCAGCCAAAGGAUUAG